ACAAGCUGUACUUUGUCGCAUGUUUAAUGACGUCAAGAGCUGCUACUGCGCAUGUCAAACAGGACAUCCUUGUCCCCUGUUAAUGACGUACAUCGGCUGCUAGUCGACUCUCGUCCGAGGCCUGAGAUGUUGGGUUUGUUUAUGUUUGGGCAAAUUUUCGUAUUGUUUUAACUGGCUUUUCUGACCAGUGCCGUGACUGCGUUCUUAUGAGGUUUUGGGUCCGGACUGACGACGGAGGAGCCGAGUAGCUGCUGGUUGGCCUGGUAACUCGCUAACAGCGGAGCUCGAGUCAGUUGGAGAAGAGAAUGACAUCUCGGAGGUGGUUCCAUCCAAACAUCACUGGUGUGGAGGCGGAGAACCUCCUGCUCACCCGAGGAGUGGAUGGCAGCUUUCUGGCCCGACCCAGCAAGAGCAACCCAGGGGAUUUCACUUUGUCCGUCAGACGAAAUGGAGCAGUCACCCACAUCAAGAUCCAGAACACUGGGGACUACUAUGACCUCUAUGGCGGGGAGAAAUUUGCCACGCUUGCAGAGCUUGUACAGUACUACAUGGAGCACCAUGGGCAGCUAAAAGAGAAGAAUGGUGACGUCAUUGAGCUGAAGUACCCGCUCAACUGUGCUGAUCCCACAUCCGAGAGGUGGUUCCAUGGUCACCUUUCAGGCCGUGAGGCAGAGAAGCUGCUGACAGAGAAGGGCAAGAAUGGCAGUUUCUUGGUGCGAGAGAGCCAGAGCCACCCCGGUGACUUUGUGCUCUCUGUGCGCACUGGUGACGACAAGACAGAUGGCAGUGAUGGCAAGCCCAAGGUCACCCAUGUGAUGAUCCGUUGCCAGCACGACCAGAAGUAUGAUGUGGGGGGCGGAGAAAAGUUUGAUUCCCUCACAGACCUGGUGGAGCACUACAAGAAGAACCCCAUGGUGGAGACAUUGGGCACAGUACUUCAGCUCAAGCAGCCACUGAACACAACCCGUAUUAAUGCAGCUGAGAUUGAGAGCCGUGUGCGAGAGCUGAGCAAACUUGCGGAGACCACCGACAAGGUCAAGCAGGGCUUCUGGGAGGAGUUUGAGACACUUCAGCAACAGGAAUGUAAACUUCUCUACAGUCGCAAAGAGGGGCAGAGGCCUGAGAACAAGAACAAGAACCGAUACAAGAACAUACUUCCCUUUGACCACACCCGUGUGGUACUCAGAGAUGGAGACCCAAACGAACCUGGUUCCGACUACAUCAACGCGAAUAUCAUCAUGCCUGAGCUGGAGUUCAAAUGUAACAAUGCCAAGGUGAAGAAGUGCUACAUUGCAACCCAGGGCUGUCUCCAGAACACCGUCAGUGACUUUUGGAGGAUGGUUUUCCAGGAGAACUCUUGUGUCAUCGUGAUGACAACCAAGGAAGUGGAGCGGAGCAAGAGCAAGUGUGUCAAGUAUUGGCCAGAUGUCUCGGCACUCAAGGAAUAUGGCGCGAUGCGAGUGCGAAACGUCAAGGAAACCUUGGCCCACGACUACAUCCUGCGGGAGCUGAAGCUGUCAAAGGUUGGUCAGGGCAACACAGAGCGCACAGUCUGGCAGUACCACUUCAGGGCCUGGCCAGACCACGGAGUGCCCACUGAUCCUGGUGGCGUGCUAGACUUUCUGGAGGAGGUCAACCUGAAGCAGGAAAGCAUUCUGGAAGCAGGACCCAUUGUAGUUCACUGCAGCGCGGGAAUUGGUCGAACCGGGACAUUUAUUGUGAUAGACAUCCUUAUUGACGUGAUAAGAGAAAAAGGGGUGGACUGCGAUAUUGACGUACCCAAGAGCAUUCAGAUGGUGCGGUCACAGCGGUCAGGAAUGGUGCAGACCGAGGCACAGUACCGCUUCAUUUACAUGGCAGUGCAGCACUACAUCGAGACGCUGCAGCGCCGCAUCGAGGAGGAGCAGAAGAGUAAAAUCAAAGGGCGAGAGUACACCAACAUCAAGUACUCGCUCUCAGACCUGACGAGUGGAGACCAGAGCCCGUUACCCCCCUGCACACCUACACCCACUUGUGCAGACUUCCGAGAUGAGGGCUCCCGUGUCUAUGAGAAUGUAGGGCUGAUGCAGCAGCAGAAGAGCUUCAGAUGAGGCCUGUUCCCCUCUUGCCUGUGCCUCGGUACUCUAGUCAGAGAGGCUUCCUUAUUUUGGUUUGUUGCAAACUGCGACUGAGCUCCUGAGAUGUCAUCGUGGAAAAUUGGAGACCGCUGAGGCACGAUGCAGUGGCCUGCAUGGUCGCAGACCCUCCUUCCUCUGCCAUGAAAAGCGGUCUGGCCCUCCAGCCUCACGUCGAGAACAACUUUGGCAAUGCCUUGUCCCAAGAUUCGAAGCAGACAUUGACUUUCUGUGCCCCAGUAAAAAAAAGACUAGACUGGUUCAGGGAGUUGGCCUGCAGGUCCAAGCUGCAGUUCACGCGUGUCUCCGCAGGGGGCUGCUGUUUUUGGCUUUGUCUCCAAUUGUUAUAGUAUCCUUUUGUCAUUUUUUGUUAUUUCUGUCAAUGGAAAAUAUUUGGAUUUUGUAUGAUGAAUGAGGGAAGCCUUUACCUGUGCCAUAAAUUUAGUUUGCCAGUCUGCCCAUGUGUAACACCUCAGUUCUUUUCUUUAUCAUACAGCAUAUUAAAGGGAUGCUUUUCUGCAGUUUGGUUAUAGCAUUAGCUGGUGUUAGUUUAACCUUUCUGUCAGUAUUGUGUUUCAGAAGAGAAGAAUAUUGUACAUGUAUGACAUUUUUAGGUUUAGGUACCCCCCAAAAAGCCUUCAUUACUGUUGGAAUAAGAGUAUACUUAUCCAAACUUUACUAGAUGUCCUGUCAUAGACAAUACAUUAGACAUCGGUAACGAUGAAGAAUGCUGAUGUGGUGAUCAGCCAAGAUGGAAUCCCCAAGCACCAAUGGCAGUGCCUGCAUUGCCUCCAAAAAUCCCUAAUCAAGCCAGCAUGGAGUUUCUUCCUACCCCUAAGGUCAAAGUUAAGCAAUUCACUGAAGAAUAGGGGGCCAGUGAACAAGUCUGACUAGCUUAGUUGUAAUAGCUUUUUUAUUUUCUGCAUUUUUCACAUUUUUCUUUGAAUGCCUUUUUUGUACUUGGCAAACUGCAAUCUUAAUAUCUAAAAAUUUUACUGAAAAUGAUGGAACAUUCAUAACUCUGUAAAGAAUGAUCCCUGCAGAGUGUCAGCCCCUAUGAUGUCACUUAUGUUUUUGACAACAUGCCCAAUAUAGUCCUGUAACCCUGGUUGAGUUUGUCCAUCCUGUUCCUCCGUUUGACCAGCUUUAUGCAUUUCUCAUUCGAAUCCAGGACCAUAGAAUCUUUGUAAUUUAAUUUUCUCUUUACCAAAAACUGUGUACUUUCAGCAACAGUAUUUCUAGUGUGUAAUAACCUUUACUGAAUCUGUAAUGGUUGUCCUUUGUUUUUCACUUCAUUAUAACAUCGCCAUUCAUUUCAUUUCAGCUGUGAGAUGGUCACCUUUCUACUUGUCUUGCUGCCUACCCCUUCCCAGCCAUGGAUUUUAAAUGUAAUUCUGAUUUAAAAACUUCAGAGGCACAAAAAUGACACCAUUAGUGUCCCUGCAGUGUGCACGCUGAAGGUUUUACACCUACUGGGAGUGCUGGAAUGGUCGGCCACAGUCCAGUCUCGCUGGACACUGCACUUAAACCAUUCCAUGCACAACAGUGGUUGGAUGUCAUCUGUGGGAAUUGUGGGAUUUGGGCUGACAUCUAGGGCUCUGAGGCAGAGCCCACACUUUUUGGUUCGCUAGUUUUGUUUUGACAAGGGUGUAGAUGGGGAACAUUUGGGAUUUGGAUGGUGGGAAGUACAGACCCAUCACUCACUGUCUGAGAUGGGGUAUGUUUUGUAUCCAUGUACUGUACUGUGUGUUUGUGUGUGUGUGUGUGUUGUACUGUAGGAGGAGUGCCUGUAAAGUUCCAUGUACCAAGGUAUUUUGUAGCCUGUGUGGUAUGUGCGAGUCUGUCCGUUGAGUACUGCUGUCCAACUCACUUUUCCACAAUGCCUAUUCCUCUCUGCGGAGUGGAACCUGAUUACGUUAAUACGUCUAAUUCAUGUCGUUUUUGUCUCCACAGGAAGAACUGUGGUGUGUGUGUGUGUGUGUGUGUGUGUGUGUUUCUGGAUACAUGUGUUGGUCAAACUUCAUUUUGAGCUAAAGUAUGCUCUGGAGUCACAAAGAAACAUAAGUCUUAACAUUUAAUGUGAAUUGUAUUAUUCUGAAUAAUGGCAAAAAAAAAAAAAGAACUCUACAGACUAUAUUUUUUAACUUGUAUAUUGUACAUUAAUAUCUUGUAGAGGAGAAUGUACUCAUUCAACAUACCUAAUUGCCAAUAAAACAUUGUUAAUGUUUAAUCCCACCAUCUGUGAGCAGCAACCAACCAGGUUUAUUCUGUUGUAUGUCAAUCAGUGCAGAUAACCGCGGAAUC